AGUAGAACGGAGCCUGUAGGGUGAACAGCGCAGGGCUGAGGAAGCGUGCAUGAAAACAGACUGCAGAUGGGCGAGAUAAACAGGAUCCCCAGGCUGUGACUGAGUAGGCAGGCCUCUUUAAUGGCUCUUAGCAACGCCCCUGCUUUGACCCUCCUCAUAUGUGAGGAAAAUCAAAUCAAUACACACUGUUCUUCAAACCACGAUGCUGCAGCAGCAGCAGGGCAUUGUGGCAGCCUUCGUCUCUUGAAUUCAUCAGCGCUUUUCUAUUUGCUGAUCUCUGGAUAUCCAUCCCUGCAUCUCUGCCGAGGAAGACUCUGACUGCAUCUUUAGUCGGAUUGCUUGAGCUCCCAUGUACAGCCUUCUUCUUGUUAGCAAGUAUUAGCUGCAGAUCAGGACUCUACCCACUAAGUAAGUUCUGCUUCGGUUCCAGAGAUGGCUAACAGAGGACCAAGCUAUGGCUUAAGCCGAGAAGUUCAGGAAAAGAUUGAACAGAAAUAUGACCCGGAAUUAGAGUCUAGGCUGGUAAACUGGAUUAUUGUACAGUGUGGAGAACAGAUAGAACACCCUCCGCCUGGAAGGCAACAUUUUCAGACCUGGCUGAUGGAUGGAACGCUGUUAUGCAAGUUAAUAAACAGUUUACAUCCAAAGGGAAAUGAGCCCAUUGCAAAGAUCUCUGAAUCGAAAAUGGCUUUCAAGCAGAUGGAACAAAUUUCUCAGUUCUUAAAAGCUGCUGAAAUCUACGGAGUAAGGACAACAGAUAUUUUCCAGACAGUGGAUUUAUGGGAAGGGAAGGACAUGGCAGCAGUGCAGAGAACCUUAAUGGCUCUAGGCAGUUUGGCAGUCACUAAGGACGACGGCUGCUACAAAGGGGAUCCUUCCUGGUUUCACAGGAAAGCACAGCAGAAUCGACGAGGAUUUUCAGAAGAGCAACUUCGUCAGGGACAGAACGUAAUAGGCCUUCAGAUGGGCAGCAACAAAGGAGCAUCACAGUCGGGUAUGACAGGCUACGGGAUGCCAAGGCAGAUUAUCUAAGAGCAUCUCUGUCUGUAGAGAAAACACUCCUUCUGCAGCAUGGUCUGUUUAAAAAAAAAAAAAGAAAAAAAAGCAGCUCAUUAGUUCCCUUUCUGCCUGGUUUUUAAUAGUUAAUGCUCUCUACGGUUUCGGAUAUUUUUGGUUUGAUUUGUUUUAUUUGCAGCUGCAAGAGUUCAUCUAGGAACUUGGGUUUUUGUGGUGGUGUGUGUCAGUUCACAGCACGUGCGCACUGCUGCCUCCUACUUUUCACUUCUGAACUAUGCAACGACAAUGAUUCUGUAUUAAUUUAUUUGCAAAGUGUUAUCUUCCAUAUUUGUCUCACACUGCACUUGUAUUUCAACCAGUAACCUCGUUCUUCAAUUCAGUGAUGAUAUUGUUUGACCUAAGAAUAAAGGCAAAAUAAAGACA